ACAAAAAAUCCAGCACAUAAUACCCCCCCUGUCUCUCUCUCUCUCUCUCUCUCGCUCUCUCUCUUCGUAACAACUCACAACCAACUCACGAUUCUCUCGCGAUUACUCUACUCCCCCCCCCCCCCCGCCCCCCCUUCUUCCUUGCACCACAGCAUUCCAAGAUCGAUUACUUCAUCUCUCUCUCUCUCUCUCUCUCUCUCCGCUGCAAAUCGAUUUGCAGUAAUUAGUAGGUAACUUAGCGCUGCUGAGUGAAACAAGAGUAAUAAUGGAAAACGACACCGCAGGGACCGGCGCGUGCUCGUCGGAAACGGCGAAUGGGGGCGAAGUUGUUUGGAGCUGUAACCAAUCUGAUGCUGCUUCCGCUGAUCAUCUCGUCGUCCUGGUUCAUGGAAUUCUUGGAAGUGCUACGGAUUGGAAGUUUGCGGCUGAGCAGUUUGUUAGAAUGCUCCCUGAUAAAGUCUUUGUCCAUUGUAGUGAACGAAAUACGGCUUUGCUGACGUUAGAUGGUGUGGAUGUAAUGGGCGAGCGAUUGGCAGGGGAGGUCCUCCACAUGAUCAAGCAAAAACCGAGUCUACGUAAGAUUUCCUUUGUGGCACAUUCACUUGGAGGACUAGUGGCAAGAUAUGCCAUUGGGAUAUUGUUUAAACCUUCUGGGAGGGAGAAUGCGAAGGAUGUAUUGUCAAAAUCCUGCGUAGAGGAAUCAAAGGGUACAAUAGGCGGUUUGGAGCCUAUGAACUUCAUUACUGUUGCAACUCCACAUCUUGGUUCAAGGGGUAAUAAGCAGGUACCCUUAUUUUUUGGUGUAACUGUGUUGGAGAAAGCUGCUGUUCGCUUCAGUCAUUUGAUAUUUAAGAAAACAGGCCAACACCUUUUUCUUGCCGAUGACAAUGGUGGAAAGCCUCCACUACUCAAACGCAUGGUGGAAGAUUGCGAUGAAUUUUACUUCAUGUCUGGAUUACGUUCUUUCAAACGCCGAGUGGCAUAUUCGAAUGUUGGCUAUGACCAUAUGGUGGGCUGGAGAACAGCAUCAAUUAGACGUAAUACUGAACUUCCUAAGUGGGAGGACUCUUUAAAUGAAAAAUAUCCACAUAUUGUGUAUGAAGAACACUGCAAAGCAUAUGAUACAGAGGUAACAGAGCAUUGUGAUUCCAUGUUGACGGAAGAUGACGAUUCAGAUAAGCUAGAAGAGGAACUUGUUACUGGCCUAUCGCAUGUGUCAUGGGAAAAAGUCGACGUCAGUUUUCAUAGUAGCAGACUGAGGUUUGCUGCGCAUAGUGUGAUUCAGGUCAAAGAUCAUUACAUGCAUUCGGAAGGCACAGAUGUCAUACAACAUAUGAUCGAUCAUUUCCUUGUUUAGAUUCAUAUCAACUCCAGCUUCGUGUUGCAGCCAAGGAGGGAUGGUGUAUUAGGUGAAGCUUUACGAAUGCCUUUUAUCCGAAUUGAGAAAUUUUUGUUUUGGGAUCACAAGGGUUGCGGUAAUGACUUCCUUGGUUGCUGGUUGAAAAGCUGCAAGGCUCUCAGUGAUGACUGCUCUACACAAGACCGUUGGAUAAGAAGCAGCUACAAUAGAAAUUAUAUUCACUCUCUCUUCCGCUGUACAUGAAUGCACAUGAUCUAUCAAAGAAGUGUGGAUAUAAAAUGUUGUCAAUCCUUAAUUCCUUAUGUAUCUGUGUGAUCUAUCUAGUAUUAUUUGAAGGUGGAAGAAUGCCAGACAAUUCUAUUCCUCAACUCAUAGUUU